CCGCCUGGUCCACGUGGGCUGCCGGUCGUCAGGUACCUCCCGUUCCUCCGCCGCAACGACCUCCACCGGCAGCUCACUUCCCUGGCUGAAACCCACUGCCCAAUCUACACAAUCCAGGGCCUCAACAGAUCCCUGGUCGUGGUCAGCUCCCCGGAUCUGGCGAAAGAGGUCCUUCGGGUCAACGAGUCCAUCUUCUCGACCCGCCCGAUCCCGAUUGUGGGCCGGAUCUUAACCUACGGCGGGAUCGGCCUCGCCAACCUGCCGUACGGCCCCGAUUGGGCCGGGCUGCGGAAGGUCAUGUUCCGGGAGGAUCUCAGCAGUGGGGCCCUGGACACGUGUCACGCGCUGGGCAGGGGAGCGGUUGAGGCGGGGGUGCGGGAGAUUCGCGUCGGUGAGGCGACGGGGGUGUUCGAUGCGGCGAUGAAGGUGGUGGUUGAUUCGACCCUGGCCAUGUUCUGGGGCGGCGGCGGGGAGGGAGGAGGGGCGCCGCCGAAUUUCGCGGCGGAGUAUCGGGAGGCGACGAGGGAGAUGACGGAGCUGUUGGGGCGGGCGAAUGUCCGUAGAAGCAAGCAAUCGUCAAAGUUUUUCUUAGUCUACAACUCUAACCCGUCGCCGGUGAGCUUUUCCCCGAAUGGCUACUUCCCUAAUCUCUCCACUCACAGAUGA